AUGACUCAAAACAAAACCCUUAUCUUCAAGAAGAUCCCCACUGGCCUCCCAGUGGAGGGAGAGCACUUGGUGGUCGAGGAUCGCCCCAUCGAUCUCACCAAGGCACCCGAAGGCGGCCUUGUUAUCCAGAACCUCUAUGCCUCCUUCGACCCAUAUCUGCGCGGCAAGAUGCGCGACCCUGCCGUCAAGUCCUACACCCCCGCCUUCGAGGUAGAGCACCCCAUCGCCAACAGCACCGUCGCCAAGGUCCUGAAGAGCGACACCCCUGACUUCCAGGAAGGCGACCUGAUCAAGGCCUUUGUCCCUAUCGCUGAGUACGCCCGCGUCGAGAAGGCCCAUCUCGCCUUCGCCCGCAAGAUCAGCAACCCCCACAACCUCGACCUCGGGCUGUUCCUCGGCCCCCUGGGCAUGCCUGGACUGACGGCCUGGUCGGGCCUGUACAAGAUCGGAAAGCCCAAGAAGGGUGAGACCAUCUUCAUCAGCUCUGCUGCUGGCGCCGUCGGCCAGGUCGUGGGGCAGAUCGCCAAGCGCGAGGGACUCCGCGUCAUCGGCUCUGUGGGCUCAGACGAGAAGCUGGACUUUAUCGUCAAGGAGCUUGGGUUUGAUGCUGGCUUCAACUACAAGAAGGAGAAGCCUCAUGAUGCGCUGCCCCGAUUGGCACCUGACGGCAUUGAUAUUUACUUUGAGAAUGUCGGCGACGACCAUCUGGAGGCUGCUUUGGUUAGCUUGAAUACCUUUGGCAGAAUCCCUGUCUGCGGAAUGAUUUCCAGCUAUAACACACCCAGGGACCAGCAGCGAGGUGUCAAGGGUCUCUUCCAGAUCGUUACCAAGCAGCUGACGCUACAGGGCUUCAUCCAAUCAAACCCUGAGUACGGACCUGCUUAUACUCAGGAGCACCAGGAAAAGAUGCAGCAGUGGUUCAAGGAGGGCAGCGUCAAGGCCAAGCUGCAUACUACCGAGGGCAUCGACAAGGCUGCUCACGGCUUCAUUGAUAUGCUGACUGGUGGGAACUUUGGCAAGGCAGUGCUCAAGCUCAACUGA